AUGCAGCACAACCACGUGGUGAUACGUUGCAGGACUCACACCAGUGAGAAACCCUUUCACUGCUCUGAUUGUGGGGAAAGUUUCAGUCAGAACUCCAGCCUGGUGAUACACCAGAGGAUGCACACAAAAAAGAAAUCAUACAAGUGUCCUGAUUGCGGGAAAAGUUUCAUUGCAAAUUCCCACCUUGUGAGACACCAGAGGACUCACACAGGAGAGAAACCCUUUGAAUGUCCUGAUUGUGGGAAAGGUUUCAGUCAGAAGUCUAGCCUGGUGAUUCACCAGAGGACUCACACAGGAGAGAAACCCUUUGAACGUCCUGAUUGUGGGAAAGGUUUCAAUGGGAAUUCAGACUUGGUGAAACACCAGAGAACUCACACAGGAGAGAAACCCUUUGAAUGUCCUGAUUGUGGGAAAAGUUUCUAUCAGAAUUCUAGCCUGGUGAUACACCAGAGGACACACAUAGGAGAGAAACCGUAUGAGUGCCCAGAUUGUGGGAAAAGUUUCAGCCAGAAUUCCAACCUGGUGAUGCACCAGAGGACUCAUAUAGGAGAGAAACCAUAUGAGUGCCCAGAUUGUGGAAAAACUUUCAGUCAAUAUUCCUACCUGGUGAAACAUCAGAGGACUCAUACGGGAGAAAAACCAUACGAGUGUGCAGAUUGUGGGAAAAGAUUUGGUCAGAAUUCCUACCUUGUGAAACACCAGAGGACUCACACAAGAGAGAAAUUGUAUGAGUGCCCAGAUUGUGGAGAAGGUUUCAUUAGAAAAUUCCAACUCAUGAGUCACAAGAGGACACAUACAGGAGACAAACCCUUUGAAUGUUCUGAUUGUGGGAAAAGUUUCAGUCACUAUUCCAGCCUGGUGAAACACCAGAGGACUCACACAGGAGAGAAACCCUUUGAAUGUGCUCUUUGUGGGAAAAGUUUCAGUCAGAAUUCCAGCCUGGUGAUACACCAGAGGAUUCACAUGGGAGAGAAACCAUAUGAGUGUCCAGUUUGUGGGAAAACUUUCAGUCAUAAUUCCAACCUGGUGAAACACCAGAGGACUCACACAGGAGAGAAACCAUUUGAAUGUCCUGAUUGUGGGAAAAGCUUCACUCAGAAUUAUGAACUGGUUAAACACCGGAGAAAUCACACUGGAGAGAAACCGUAUGAGUGUCCAGAUUGUGGGAAAAAAUUCAAUUAUAAUUCCAACCUAGUGAACCACCAGAGGUCUCACACAGGAGAGAAACUGUAUGAGUGUCCAGAGUGUGGAAAAAGUUUUAGUCAGAAUUCCAAUCUGGUGAGACAUCAGAGGACUCACAUAGGAGAAAAAUAUGGGCGUCCUGAUUGUGGGAAAAGUUUCAUUGCAAAUUCCCACCUCGUGAGACACCAGAGUACUCACACAGGAGAGAAACCCUUUGAAUGUCCUAUUUGUGGGAAAAGUUUCAGUCGGUACUAUAGCCUGGUAAACCACCAGAGGACUCACACAGGAGAGAAACCUUUUCAAUGUCCUGAUUGUGGGAAAACUUUCAGUCACAAUUCCAGCCUGAUAAACCACCAGAGGACUCACAAAAGAGCGAAACCUUUUCAGUGUCCUGAUUGUGGGAAAGGUUUCAGUCGGUUUUGCAUCCUGGUAAACCACCAGAGGACUCACACAGGAGAGAAACCUUUUCAAUGUCCUGAUUGUGGGAAAACUUUCAGUCAGAAUUCCAGCCUGAUGAUACACCAGAGGACUCACACAGGGGAGAAACCGUAUCAGUGUCCGGUUUGUGGGAAACGUUUUAGUCACAAUUCAAACCUAGUGAAACACCAGAGGACUCACAUGGGGGAGACCUUUCAAAUGUCCAGUCUGUGGACAGUACUUCAGGCGUAAAUCACUCCUUAUUUUAUACAAGGAAAUCAACAUGAGGCAAAAGUUGAUAAAUGUAGAGAAGGCUUGAAUUUCAUUUCUGAUCUCCCGUUGAGAGUGUGGGUGAAAAAUUGACUAUUUGUAUCCUCCCCUGAUACUUUUUAGUCAACAUAUCUCAUGAUUGUACCUAUAAUAGUGGAAAAUAAAUGA